AUGGCGACUUCAGCCGCCAGCGGGCCACCUACGACGCGCGUCGACGUCCCGUCAUGGAACGGCGAGGCAGACAAGUUGACGAGCUACAAGUUUGAGGUCUCCAUGUUCACCAAGAGCAUCAAGACUGCGGAGCGCUACGUGUGCGGCCCGCAGCUGGUGCGCGCCCUCGGGGCGCGAGUCCGGACGACGGUGGAGAGCUGCCCGGACAUCGACACGGUCGACGAGAUCGACAAGGAUGGAGUUUUGAUUGGUUGGAACAAAGUGUUUCAGUACGUAUUGGAGAAGCUGGACUUCACCAGCCUGAAUGAUACGGGCCUCCUCGCGGAGGAGUUCUUCCUGAAGGUCAGCCGGAACUCGGGCGAGACCUUCCAGGACUGGGCCGCCAGAUUCGAGAAGAAGGAGCGGGAGCUGUUGGUGCAGCUCCAAGUCAUUGAUUCCAGCGUGACGGAAGUGAUUGCGAAGCCUCUUCGGACUUGGUGGUUCCUUCGGAAGUCCAAGCUACCCCCUGUUCAACGUGGAGAGAUCACCGCCACUGCGGGUGGCGACCUCAACUUUGGCAAGACAUACAAGGCGCUGCUCACGCGCUUCCCGGCGGAGGCACUGGCGGAGCUCGACGGCAAGCAGCACCGUAAGGCCUUCUAUGAGGACACGCACGUCGACGACGUUGAGGACGAGACUGGUGGUGAAGAUAUUGAUUUCACAGAGGUUGUCGAGCAGCUGAUCACCCUCGCUGAAGAAGAUGAAGAAGAGGAGCCAGCUGACGACAACCCAGCGGACAACGAGGUGUUCGCAGAGUUCAAGCAGGUGGGCAGGAGCUUCAAGGACGCCCGCGACCUGAUCCGACGCCUUCGAGUGUCCCGCGACUACUACCCGGUCGUGUCGCUCAAGGACCCCGAUCGCGUGCCCCCGCCUCCGAACCCAGGACGAGGCUUCCAGCGUGGCCGUGGCAAGAACGGUCGAGGCCGCGCUCGCUUCGACACGGGCAAGGGACGUGACAUGUCCAAGAUGAAGUGCAUCGCGCGCGGCGAAUAUGGUCAUCGAGCGGCGGACUGCAGCGAGAGGUUCAAGAAAGAUAAUACGAGGGAUGGAGCUCGUGGGACUACUCACAACGGCUUCGUCCUGUCCGCCAUCGACGAGUACCUCUACCUCCUGGAGCGCGACGGCAUCUGUGCGAUCCUCGACAUCGGGGCCACGAAGAGCCUCGGCGGCCUCGAGAGCGUCGAGAACCUCAUGUACGAGAUGCUGGACCAGCACGGCCAGGAGUUCGAGACGACACAUGACGAGUGCUCAUUCACCUUCGGCGACGGCCUCCAGAAGAGCUCGAUGGGCACGGUGAAGGGGAACGCGUUCCUCGGCGGCGACCUGACCGAGGUCAAGCUGUCUGUGAUGCCGAACCGCGUGCCGAUCCUCCUGGGCAUGGACAUUCUGACUGACUCGCUGAAGGUGGUGGUCGACUGCGGCCGGAACUGGAUCGGCCUUCCGACCAUGGGCAACAAGGUGUUCUUCUGCGAGCGCCUCUCGAGCAACCAUCUGGCCGUCAACCUGACGACGCCGCAGUGGUGGAAGGAGGUGCCGCUUUCCCUGCCGAGUGCCGGGUGCCUGACGUCCGAAGCGACGGCGCCUGAUGUUCUGGUCGAGGAGCUGCCCGAAGAGGCCGCUCCGUGCAGCUGCUGCCCUGCGGUACUCCGAAACACCUACCAGAGCGACGGAAACCUCGGCGGCGCGGACACCUACCAGAGCGACGGAAACUGCGACACGGAGCGGAUCGACUCGAGCGACAGAAACCUCGAUUUCGUUCGGACGGACGGUCAGGGGAUCGACAACUUCGGCUCCAGCGACCCCGACGCCAGCAUCAGCAGCAACACCAGCUACUCCGGCAAGAGCCACACGUGUACGAAGGCGACGGAGGUGACCAUCCGGGAGCAGGCAGUGGCUCUACGCUGGCGGCGUCUGUCCAACAAGCUGAACUCCCCGGAGGUGCAGGGGGGCUGGAAGUUCACUCCGGAGAUGCUCGACGACUCGGAACUGCCGGAGAUGGACUCGAAGAGGAAACGCUGA